GCUACAGGAAGAUUGUGUGAGCUACAAACAGUAAGUCCCUAAACACGAGAAGAGCCUCGUCCAGUGUGUUUUAGAAUAUUUAGGUGGUUUUGUCAGCAAAAAAACAUCAGUUUACAUUCAGAGCAAUGCCCGUGAAUAACAUGGACAAGCCGAAAAUAGUGACAUGCACCGCUCCCGUGAAUAUAGCUGUCAUUAAAUACUGGGGCAAGAGAAAUGAAGACUUAAUUCUACCCAUUAACUCAUCUUUGAGUGUCACAUUGCAUCAAGACCAGCUCAAAACAACCACAACAGUUGCAACCAGCAGAUCAUUUCCAGAGGAUCGAAUUUGGCUCAACGGCAAAGAGGAGGACAUAACUCACCCAAGACUACAGUCCUGUCUGAGAGAGAUUCGACGGCUGGCACGGAAGAGACGUAACGAUGAAGACCCCAGUUUGGAUUCAACCGGGUUGUCACACAAAGUCCACAUUUGCUCCAUUAACAACUUCCCCACAGCUGCUGGACUCGCCUCCUCAGCAGCUGGAUUCGCUUGUCUAGUUUACACUCUGGCUCGGGUGUUUGGCGUAGAAGGAGAGCUGUCUGGGAUCGCUCGUCAAGGCUCGGGCAGUGCGUGCAGGAGCAUGUAUGGGGGGUUUGUGCAGUGGAUCAUGGGGGACAAAGACGACGGGAAGGACAGUGUAGCCCAGCAGGUGGAGCCAGAGACUCACUGGCCCGAGCUCAGGAUCCUUGUGCUCGUGGCCAGUGCAGAGCGGAAGCCAGUAGGCAGCACCUCCGGGAUGCAAACUAGUGUACAGACAAGCUGUUUAUUAAAGCACCGAGCUCAGUCUGUCGUCCCGGAGCGGAUGGUGGAAAUGACGGAUGCAGUGCGAAGGAAGGACUUCCCUGCGUUUGCCGAGCUAACAAUGAAGGACAGCAACCAGUUCCACGCCACCUGCCUUGACACGUACCCUCCGAUCUUCUACCUCAGCAGUGUGUCUCAGCAGGUCAUCAGCUUGGUGCAUCGGUACAACCGGCACUACGGGGAGACGAGGGUGGCCUACACUUUCGAUGCCGGCCCCAAUGCUGUGAUCUUCACUUUAGAGCAACAUGUUCCUGAGUUUGUCCGGGUGGUUCAGCAUUUCUUCCCCCCAGACACUCACACAGAGGACUUCAUUCAGGGUCUUCCUGUCGGCCGUGCUGCUCUUUCUGAGGAGCUGAGAAGGGGCGUCGGUCUGGAGCCAAUGCCAAAGGGAAUAAACUACAUCAUCAGUACCAAGGCUGGACCUGGUCCUUGUGUUGUCGAGGAUCCCACUCAGCACCUGCUUUCAUCUGAUGGAUUGCCCAAGAAAACCAUGUGAUGCCCUGCAGUCCUGGAGACACAAGUUCUACUGAGCAAUACUGAGGCCACUUGAGCAGCAUUAACGUGAUCAGAUAAUCAGAACUCGUUUUCUUUUUACAAAUGAAAACGACCACGCACCUCCCUCACCAUUGUGGAUAUUAAUGGUCUCAUUUCAGUCAGGUAUCGAGCUCCACUGGUUCACAGAUGCUGUUUUAAAGGCGUCUAAUGGGUUCAUUUGUAAACUUGGGCAUGCGCUCAACUCUCAGGUAGCAAAUGAAUACUCUGGUACUGAGUGAUUCACCGUUGCAGCUGACCUGGUCUGUCUGACCCACCUGAGCAAAAAUCAGGAUUUGUGUAUCUGUGUUGAUGGGAGUUUGUUUUUUUGUUUGUUUCUUCAUCUUGUUAAACAGAUAC